AUUUGGAAAGCCUGCCCGUCCUGCGCACCGUCCGCCCUUACUAACCGUUCUGGAGACGGAAAGGAAACCCCGCUGCAGAGCCCAAGCUCCGGCCACGACUCCUUCUUGUCCGCUUAGAGGUGCAGAUAAAGGAUUAAUGAGCCAAAAAGGCACCCAACGUCUCCUUUAAGGCUCAUUUCGGCGUUUUUUUUUUCUUUUUCGCGUUACGCCUGGACAGCGUUACACCUUCCCUUUCAUAUUCACUUCAUUCGAGGAUACCUGUACCCCUACUGAUGGAACAGGGUCACUCCAUCGUCCUCCUGCAGCCGCCCAGCACCACCUAACAUUUCCUGGAAGAACGUGUCCAUUGCCUGCUCCCAACAAACAUGGACUGUUUUCCCAUGCUUUAUUUUCUGUCGAGACAUCAUGAUUCCUGGUAAUCGAAUGCUGAUGGUCAUUUUAAUAUGCCAAGUCCUGCUGGGAGAGAGCAACCAUGCUAGUCUGAUACCUGAAGAAGGGAAAAAGAAAGUACCUGGCCUGCAGGGUCGUUCGGCCGCUCAGAGCCAUGAACUGUUGCGGGACUUUGAGGCCACGCUGCUGCACAUGUUUGGCCUCAAAAGGCGGCCGCGGCCCAGCCGCUCCGCCACCGUGCCUCGCUACCUGCUGGACCUCUACCGGCUUCAGUCCGGGGAGGCUGAGGAGGCCGGAGCGCAUGACAUUGCCUUUGAGUACCCAGAGAGGUCAGCCAGCCGGGCCAACACUGUGAGGGGCUUCCACCAUGAAGAGCACAUGGAAAGGGUUCACGAGCUGGACGAUGGAGAAUCCAUGCCCCUCCGCUUCCUCUUCAACCUCAGCAGCAUUCCCGAGGACGAGCUGCUGUCAUCCGCAGAACUGAGGCUCUACCGUCACCAGAUUGACGAGGCCAUCGCCGACGCCUUCUCAGACGACCAGGGGCUUCACCGGAUAAACGUGUACGAGGUGCUGAAACCGCCGCGGCCCGGGCAGCUGAUCACGCAGCUACUGGACACGCGGCUCGUGCGCCACAACGCGUCGCGCUGGGAGAGCUUCGACGUCAGCCCCGCCGUGCUGCGCUGGACUCGCGAGCGCCUGCCUAACCACGGGCUGGCCGUGGAGGUGCUGCACCUCAACCAGACUCCGCGUCACCAGGGCCGCCACGUCCGCAUUAGCCGUUCGCUGCACCGGGAGCCCGGCGAGGACUGGGAGCAGCUACGCCCUCUCCUGGUCACCUUUGGCCACGACGGGAAGGGUCACCCGCUGACCCGCCGGACCAAGCGCAGCCCCAAACAGCGGGGUCGCAAACGCAACCGCAACUGCCGGCGUCACGCGCUGUACGUGGACUUCAGCGACGUGGGCUGGAAUGACUGGAUAGUGGCUCCACCUGGUUACCAGGCCUAUUACUGCCACGGGGAAUGCCCCUUUCCACUGGCAGAUCAUCUGAACUCAACCAACCACGCCAUUGUUCAGACACUGGUGAACUCUGUGAACAACAACAUUCCCAAGGCCUGCUGCGUGCCAACAGAGCUCAGCGCCAUCUCCAUGCUCUACCUAGACGAACAUGACAAGGUGGUCCUAAAAAACUACCAGGAAAUGGUGGUGGAGGGCUGCGGCUGCCGCUAACACACAGACUUACUAACACUUGGACUUGGACUGGCGACUUAAAGAAGCAACAUGGACGCUCAAACAAAUCAGAAGGUCUUUACUCCCAAAAAAAAUGUUCACUUGGACCCUUAUUUAUGACGUUUAUGAGGUGUAUGUUUGUCUCACUUUUUUUUUUGUUUUGUUUUGUUUCUUUGACAAUAUGAUCAUAUAUUUUGACAAAAUAUAUAUAUUUAUAUCUACAUAUUAAAAAUAAAUUGAGUCCUUAUUUUAAACAUAAAAAAAGCUGUACAACUUUUCAUAAUGUAGAUUGUAUACGUUUUUUUAUUGAUAAAAACACUCUAAAAAGUAAAGUUUAUAUUUAUUGCAUUCAUACUAUAUACAGAAAAAAUAAUAAAAAAAAAACAACAACAACAUGAACUGCUUCCAAUUACACAUUCAGUCAUAUCAUGAGACGCACCCUUUGUGUACUAUCAUAAAUUACAGCACUGCGUGAAUUUGUCACUGAUUUAAAAAAAAAAAUUGUACAUUGGGCUUUAAUUAAUAAUCCGGUUACAUUCAUAUCAGUCUCGUUAUUUUAUUUUUUUUUUUUGAUACGGCCCAGAAUCAACUUAACCAUAUCACGACAUGCAAUGAGGAUUUUUACAAAAUAAAAGGUGACGGCAAGUUUGGACUUGGCAUUUUAACUGUGUUCAAAUCACUUUUUACUCAAAGAAAGAGACGAGCAGAGAAAGCUCUCUGAUGUUCUGCCUUUUCCAAAUAAAAAAUAAAUGUUUGGUUUA